UCAGCAACCACCUCAGCCCCGCGCCGCUUCCCCGGCCGGCCAUGCCGUCUCGGGCAAGGUAAUGAGCCGCAGAGCCCCGGGGUCUCGGCUGAGCGGCGCUUCUUCCUCCGGCACCAGGCAGCACUAUCACCCGCGGAGCUGGAAUGACUGGCAACCCAGAACUGACAAUCCAUCAGCUGAACAAGAGAAUUUAAAAUACUCUUCAUCCAGAGACCGGAGUAGUUCUUCCUCCUAUGGAUUACAAUCCUCAAAUUCAGCUGUGGUGUCUAGACAUAGACAUGAUGAUAUCAGAGUCCCCACUGACAUACAGAAUGAAGAAAAAGGUGGCUACAGUGUCAAUGGAGGAUCUGGGGAAAAUACUUAUGGUCGGAAGUCGUUGGGGCAAGAGCUGAGGGUUAACAAUGUGACCAACCCUGAUUUUACCAAUGUUCAGCAUGGGAAUCGUGCUUUAGUCACAAAAGACAUGAGGAAAACACAGGAGCGAUCAUUGUCUUACUCUGAUGAGUCUCGACUGUCAAAUCUUCUUCGGAGGAUUACUCGGGAAGAUGACAGAGACCGAAGACUGGCUACUGUAAAGCAACUGAAAGAAUUCAUUCAGCAACCAGAGAACAAACUGGUGCUUGUUAAACAACUGGAUAAUAUCUUGGCUGCCAUACAUGAUGUGCUUAAUGAAAGCAGCAAAUUGCUUCAAGAACUGAGACAGGAGGGAGCUUGCUGUCUCGGCCUUCUUUGUGCUUCUCUGAGCUACGAAGCGGAGAAGAUCUUUAAAUGGAUUUUUAGCAAAUUUAGUUCAUCCACUAAAGAUGAAGUUAAACUUCUUUAUUUGUGUGCAACUUACAAAGCAUUGGAGACUGUGGGAGAGAAGAAAGCCUUUUCAUCUGUAAUGCAACUCGUCAUGACUAGCCUGCAGUCUAUCCUAGAGAACGUGGAUACUCCAGAAUUGCUGUGUAAAUGUGUCAAGUGCAUCCUUCUUGUGUCCCGGUGUUACCCUCACAUUUUCAGCACCAAUUUUAGAGACACAGUUGACAUAUUAGUUGGGUGGCAUAUUGAUCACACUCAGAAACCUUCUCUGACACAGCAAGUGUCAGGGUGGUUACAGAGCCUGGAACCAUUUUGGGUAGCUGACCUUGCAUUUUCUACCACACUUCUGGGUCAGUUUUUAGAGGAUAUGGAAGCUUAUGCUGAGGACCUCGGCCAUGUGGCUUCUGGAGAAUCAGUAGAUGAAGAUAUUCCUCCUCCUUCUGUUUCGCUGCCCAAACUGGCGGCUCUACUUCGGGUUUUCAGUACAGUGGUGAGGAGUAUCGGGGAGCGAUUCAGUCCUAUUAGAGGGCCGCCGAUUACUGAAGCAUAUGUAACUGAUGUUCUGUACAGGGUAAUGAGAUGUGUGACAGCAGCAAACCAAGUCUUCUUUUCUGAGGCUGUAUUGACAGCUGCCAAUGAGUGUGUUGGUGUCCUGCUUGGUAGUCUGGAUCCUAGUAUGAGUAUACACUGUGACAUGGUCAUCACCUAUGGAUUAGAUCAACUGGAAAAUUGUCAGAUUUGUGGUACUGAUUAUAUCAUCUCGGUGUUGAACUUAUUGAUGCUGAUUGUUGAACAAAUAAAUACAAAACUUCCAUCAUCAUUUAUUGAGAAAUUGUUUGUACCGGAGUCUAAGUUGCUUGUGCUCCGUUAUCACAAAGAAAAAGAGGUUGUUGCAGCAGCGCAUACUGUGUAUCAAGCAGUACUAAGCUUAAAGAACAUUCCUGUUUUGGAAACAGCCUACAAGUUGAUUCUUGGAGAAAUGUCAUGUGCCCUGAACAGUCUUCUUUGCAGUCUACAACUUCCAGAGGCUUGUUCCGAAAUUCUACACGACGCUUUCAAGAACCAUGUUUUCGAUGUAGCUAACGCCAAAUUUGUUGUUAUAUUUGACCUUAGUGCUCUGACUACAAUUGGAAAUGCAAAAAACUCGCUGAUUGGAAUGUGGGCUUUGUCUCCUACGGUGUUUGCAUUGCUGAGCAAGAACUUGAUGGUUGCGCAUGGUGACAUUGCAGUUCACUUUCCUGCAGUCCAGUAUGCAGUACUCUACACUCUCUAUUCACAUUGCACCAGACACGACCACUUCAUAUCUAGCAGCCUCAGCUCCUCAUCUCCUUCCUUGUUUGAUGGGGCUGUCAUUAGCACUGUAACCACGGCUACAAAGAAACAUUUCUCUAUCAUAUUAAAUCUCUUGGGACUUUUACUUAAGAAGGAUAACCUCACGCAUGAUACCAGGAAACUAUUAAUGACCUGGGCUUUGGAAGUGGCUGUCCUAAUGAAAAAAUCAGAGACCUAUGCACCACUGUUCUCUCUCCCAUCUUUUCAUAAGUUCGGCAAAGGGCUUCUAGCAAACACUCUUCUGGAGGAUGUCAAUAUUUGUCUUCAGGCAUGUAGUAGCCUCCACGCUCUGUCACCUUCUCUACCAGAUGACCUGUUGCAGAGAUGUGUCGACGUAUGCCGUGUUCAGCUAGUCCACAGUGGGGCUCGUAUAAGGCAAGCUUUUGGGAAACUGCUAAAGUCUAUUCCAUUAGAUGUAGUACUGAGUAACAACCACCAUACAGAAAUACAAGAAAUCUCCUUAGCCAUAAGAAAUCAUAUGAGCAAAGCUCCAAGUAAUACUUUUCAUCCACAAGACUUUUCCGAUAUCAUUAGUUUCAUCUUGUAUGGGAGCUCUCACAGAACAGGGAAAGAGAGCUGGCUAGAAAGGUUAUUUUACAGUUGCCAAAGACUGGAUAAACGUGACCAAUUAAGUAUACCACGCAAUUUAUUGAAAACAGAAGCUGUUCUUUGGCAGUGGGCUAUCUGGGAAGCAGCCCAAUUUACUGUCCUCUCAAAAUUAAGGACACCGCUAGGCAGGGCUCAGGACACAUUCCAGACAAUUGAAGGUAUCAUUAGAAGCCUUGCAGCCCACACAUUAAACCCUGAUCAAGAUGUCAGCCAGUGGACGACAGCGGACAAUGAUGAAGGCCAUAGCAGCAACCAGCUGAGACUGGUUUUGCUUCUGCAGUACUUGGAGAACUUGGAGAAAUUGAUGUACAAUGCUUAUGAAGGAUGUGCUAAUGCACUCACAUCUCCACCCAAGGUUAUCAGGACAUUCUUCUAUACCAACCGGCAGACUUGCCAGGAUUGGCUAACUCGAAUACGACUUUCCAUCAUGCGUGUUGGACUAUUGGCUGGGCAGCCGGCUGUGACCAUCAGGCAUGGCUUUGAUUUACUGACAGAAAUGAAGACCAAUAAUAUCUCUCAGGGAAAUGAAUUAGAAGUAACAAUCAUGAUGGUGGUAGAAGCACUCUGUGAGCUUCAUUGCCCGGAAGCCAUCCAAGGAAUAGCUGUCUGGUCAUCUGCUGUUGUUGGAAAGAGUCUUGCUUGGAUUAACUCUGUAGCUCUGCAGGCAGAAGGACGGUUUGAAAAAGCAGCUGUGGAGUACCAGGAGCAUCUUUGCGCCAUGACGGGAGUGGAUUGCUGCGUCACAGGUUUUGAUAAAUCUGUUCUGAAGUUGGCCAACUCAAACAGCGGCAAUAACGCCAGCCCCAAGCACUCUCUCAACGGAGAUUUGCGAAAAACCGUUUUGGCUAAACCAAGUGACUCUUCACCUGAAGUCAUAAAUUAUCUGGGCAACAAAGCCUGCGAGUGCUACAUCUCCAUCGCUGACUGGUCUGCUGUGCAAGAAUGGCAGAACGUGGUCCAUGACCUGAAAAAAAACACCAGCAGUACCUCUGUCAAUUUAAAAGCAGAUUUCAACUACAUCAAGUCUCUAAGCAGUUUUGGAUCUGGAGAACUGACAGAAUGCACGGAACAGCUAGAAUUGCUUCCAGGGGAAGACAUCAACCUACUUAUUGGAGGAGCAAAAGAAAAAAUAGAUAUGAAGAAACUCCUUCCUAACAUGCUUUCUCCUGAUCCAAGAGAACUUCAGAAAGCCAUUGAGGUUCAGUUAUUGAGAAGUUCGGUAUGUCUGGCAACAGCAAUUAACCACAUCGAGCAGGAACAAAAGUGGCAACCCGUUACUGAGAACCUUAUAAAAUACUUGAAACAGACUUCACGAAUUGCCAUUGGACCUUUAAGACUUGCCACCCUGACAGUGUCUCAGUCUUUGCCGGUACUGAGUACCCUACAGUUGUACUGUUCAUCUGCUUUGGAAAAUACGGUGUCCAAUAGACUUUCCUCAGAGGAUUGUCUCGUUCCUCUCUUCAGCGAAGCAUUGCGUUCAUGCAAGCAACAAGACGUAAGACCAUGGAUGCAUGCCCUAAGAUAUACCAUGUACCAGAAUCAGUUGCUGCAGAAACUGAAAGAGCAAAGUAUUCCAGUUAGAAGCCACUUAAUGGAAUUGGGACUGACUGCUGCAAAGUUUGCUAGGAAACGUGGGAAUGUUGCACUGGCUACACGGUUGCUUGCUCAGUGCAGUGAAGUUCAGCUUGGAAAAACCACAACUGCCCAGGAUUUAGUCCAACAUUUUAAGAAACUGUCAACACCAAUUCAAAUGGAUGAAAAAUGGGGCCCUGAGCUUGAAAUUGAAAAAACUAAAUUGUUAUACACAGCAGGCCAGUCUACCCACGCAUUGGAAAUGCUGAGCUCUUGCGCCAUAUGCUUCUGCAAAUCUGCCAAAGCUGAAUAUGCUGUAGCCAAGUCUAUUCUUACGUUAGCCAAAUGGAUCCAAGCCGAAUGGAAAGAGAUUUCAGGACAGCUGAAGCAGGUCUACAGAGCCCGACAGCAACAAAAUCUAGCUGGCCUUUCCACAUUAUCUAAAAACAUCUAUAGUUUGAUUGACCUGCCAUCUGUGAACACCAUUGAAGAGGACUAUCCCAGGAUUGAAAGUGAAUCCACAGUAAACAUUGGUGUUGGCGAACCCGACUUCAUUUUGGGGCAGCUCUACCGCCUGUCUUCAGCACAGGCACCUGAAGUAGCUAAAUCAUGGGCAGCACUCGCGAGCUGGGCAUACAGAUGGGGCCGAAAGGUAGUUGAUAAUGCCAGUCAGGGAGGUGUCCGUCUACUACCAAGAGAAAAAUCUGAAGUUCAAAGCCUGCUUCCGGAAAAUAUUGCAGAAGAAGACAGAGAGAAAAUCUAUGGUAUUCUUGGACAGGCAGUGUGUCGGCCAGCUGGAAUUCAGGAUGAAGACAUCACCCUUCAGAUUGCAGAGAAUGAAGAUAAUGAAGAAGACGAUAUGGUCGAUGUCAUCUGGCGUCAGUUACUGACAAGCUGCCCCUGGCUUUCAGACCUUGAUGAAAACUCAACUGAGGGUCUCAUCAAAGUGUGGAGAAAAGUUGUAGACAGAAUCUUCAGCCUUUAUAAACUCUCAUGCAGUGCCUAUUUUACUUUCCUUAAACUCAAUGCUGGCCAGGUUCCUCUAGACGAAGAUGAUCCCAGAUUGCAUCUAAGGAACAUUUCAGAACAGAGCACCGAUGACGUGAUUGUAAUGGCAACCUUGAGGUUAUUGAGGCUGCUUGUAAAACAUGCCGGAGAACUUAGGCAGUAUCUAGAACACGGGCUGGAAACCACCCCUACAGCUCCAUGGCGAGGUAUUAUUCCUCAACUCUUCUCACGUCUAAAUCACCCUGAAGUAUAUGUUCGUCAGAGUAUUUGUAACCUUCUCUGUCGGGUGGCACAGGAUUCUCCUCAUCUUAUAUUGUACCCUGCAAUUGUGGGCACUAUUUCACUUAGCAGCGAAUCUCAAGCUUCAGGGAGCAAAUUCCCCUCAGCGAUACCUACGUUUCUGGGUAACAUUCAAGGCGAAGAAUUAUUGGGUAGUGAGUGUGAUGGGGGAAGCCCUCCAGCUUCUCAAGAGAGCAUAAAGGAUGAGCCAAAAAUGGGAUUAAAUGAGGACCAGGCGAUGAUGCAGGACUGCUACAGCAAAAUUGUGGAGAAGUUAUCAACUGCAAAUCCGACAAUGGUGUUGCAGGUUCAGAUGCUUGUAGCAGAAUUGCGCAGAGUGACUGUUCUCUGGGAUGAACUUUGGCUGGGAGUCCUUUUGCAGCAGCACAUGUAUGUCCUUAGACGAAUUCAGCAGCUGGAAGAUGAAGUAAAGAGAGUCCAGAACAACAACACUCUACGCAAAGAGGAAAAGAUAGCUAUCAUGCGUGAAAAGCACACGGCCCUAAUGAAGCCUAUUGUAUUUGCUUUGGAACAUGUGCGGAGCAUCACUGCAGCUCCUGCUGAAACUCCACAUGAGAAGUGGUUUCAGGACAACUAUGGAGAUGCAAUUGAAAAUGCCCUGGAGAAACUGAAGAACCCAUCGAAUCCUGCAAAACCUGGAAGCAGCUGGAUUCCUUUUAAAGAGGUAAUGCUCAAUCUUCAGCAGAGAGCCCAGAAGCGUGCCAGUUACAUUCUGCGUCUAGAGGAAAUAAGCCCCUGGCUGGCUGCCAUGACCAGCACUGAAAUCGCUCUCCCUGGAGAAGUGUCUGCCAGAGACACUGUCACGAUUCAUAGUGUGGGGAGCACCAUCACAAUUCUGCCCACAAAAACCAAACCCAAGAAGCUCCUCUUUCUGGGCUCGGAUGGGAAAAACUACCCGUAUCUUUUCAAAGGACUGGAAGACCUACAUCUCGAUGAACGGAUCAUGCAGUUCUUAUCAAUUGUUAAUACCAUGUUUGCCACAAUAAAUCGUCAAGAGACACCUCGUUUCCAUGCCAGACAUUACUCUGUUACUCCGCUCGGAACGAGGUCAGGCCUGAUUCAGUGGGUGGAUGGAGCCACUCCUUUAUUUGGACUUUAUAAAAGGUGGCAGCAGAGAGAAGCUGCCUUACAAGCACAAAAGGCCCAGGAUUCUUACCAGACUCCUCAGAAUCCUGGAAUAGUACCUAGACCAAGUGAACUGUACUACAGUAAAAUCGGACCAGCUUUGAAGGCAGUGGGACUUAGCUUGGACGUAUCCCGUCGAGACUGGCCUCUAAAUGUCAUGAAGUCUGUUUUGGAAGAAUUAAUGGAGGCCACGCCACCCAAUCUCCUUGCUAAAGAACUUUGGUCAUCAUGUACUACACCUGAUGAGUGGUGGAGAGUUACACAGUCUUAUGCAAGAUCCACCGCUGUUAUGUCCAUGGUUGGCUACAUAAUCGGUCUUGGAGACAGACAUCUCGAUAACGUUCUUAUAGAUAUGACUACGGGAGAAGUUGUCCACAUAGAUUAUAACGUUUGCUUCGAAAAAGGGAAAAGUCUUCGAGUGCCAGAGAAAGUUCCAUUCCGGAUGACGCAAAACAUUGAAACGGCAUUUGGAGUAACAGGAGUGGAAGGGGUUUUCAGGCUUUCUUGCGAACAGGUUCUGCACAUUAUGCGGCGAGGACGAGAGACCCUGCUGACGUUACUUGAAGCUUUUGUGUACGACCCACUUGUGGAUUGGACUGCAGGCGGGGAAGCGGGGUUUGCAGGGGCAGUGUAUGGCGGAGGUGGGCAGCAAGCUGAAAACAAGCAAAGCAAGAGGGAGAUGGAACGAGACAUCACACGGAGCCUCUUCUCUUCCCGAGUCGCUGAAAUAAAGGUCAACUGGUUUAAAAACAGAGAUGAAAUGAUGGCUGUACUUCCUAAGCUGGAUGGCAGUUUAGGGGAAUAUUUAAAUUUGCAAGAGCAGUUGACAGAUGUUGAAAAAUUACAGGGCAAAUUAUUAGAAGAGAGUGAGUAUUUGGAAGGAGCUGAAGGGGCGGAGCACCCAUCUCAGACGCUGCAGCACAGGUAUUCUGAACACACCCAGCUGCAGUCUCAGCAAAGAGCUGUACAGGAAGCGAUCCAGGUGAAACUGAAUGAAUUUGAGCAGUGGAUAUCUCAUUACCAAGCUGCUUUCAAUAAUUUGGAAGCAACUCAACUUGCAAGUCUGCUCCAGGAAAUUAGUACCCAAAUGGAUCUUGGUCCUCCAAGUUAUGUACCUGCAACUGCCUUCCUUCAGAAUGCCGGCCAGGCUCACUUGAUCAGUCAGUGUGAGCAGCUAGAGGGAGAGGUUGGUGCUUUUCUUCAGCAGAGGCGCUCCGUUCUACGUGGAUGUCUUGAACAAUUGCACAACUACGCUACUGUAGCUCUUCAGUACCCCAAAACGGUGUUUCAGAAGCACCGUGUUGAGCAGUGGAAGACCUGGAUGGAAGAACUCAUUGUUAACAUGACAAUAGACCGUUGUCAGGAUCUUUACCGGAAGUAUGAAAUUCAGUACGCUCCUCAGCCCCCUGCAGCUGUAUGCCAGUUCAUAACUACAACAGAAAUGACUUUGCAGCGAUACGCAGCAGACAUAAACAGCAGGCUUAUCCGACAAGUGGAACGAUUGAAGCAAGAAGCCGUCACUGUUCCAGUGUGUGAGGAACAGUUAAAAGAAAUUGAGCGUUGCAUUAAGGUCUUCCUUCACGAAAAUGGAGAAGAGGGUUCACUGAGCUUAGCAAGUGUCAUUAUCUCUGCUCUGUGCACUCUUACUAGGCGUAACCUUAUGAUGGAAGGUGCUGCGUCCAGUGCGGGAGAACAGCUGGUAGACCUCACUUCAAGAGAUGGAGCCUGGUUCCUGGAGGAGCUGUGUAGCAUGAGUGGGAACGUUACGUGUCUUGUGCAGUUACUGAAACAGUGUCAUCUGGUCCCUCAGGAUUUAGAUACUCCUAACCCAGUUGAAGCUUCAGAAGCGAUUCACCUAGCUAAUGGAGUUUACAUCUCACUACAGGAACUCAAUUCAAAUUUCCGUCAGAUCAUUUUCCCAGAAGCACUUAGGUGCUUAAUGAAAGGAGAAUAUACAUUGGAAAGCAUGCUUAAUGAAUUGGAUAGCCUCAUUGAACAAAUUACUGAUGUUCCUUUACAAACUCUAGUUGAGUCUCUUCAAGCUUACUUAAGAAAUGCAGCCAUGGGGCUUGAAGAAGAAACACACACUCAUUACAUUGAUGUUGCAAGGAUGCUUCAUGCCCAGUAUGGCGAAUUGAUUCAACCAAGAAAUGGCUCAGUUGAUGAAACGCCCAAAAUGUCAGCGGGCCAGAUGCUGUUGGUAGCCUUUGAUGGAAUGUUUGCCCAAGUGGAAACAGCAUUUGGCUUAUUAGUUGAAAAGCUAAACAAGAUGGAGAUACCUGUCGCCUGGCGCAAGAUUGACAUAAUCAGGGAAGCCCGCAGCACCCAAGCUAACUUUUUUGAUGAUGAUAAUAAUCGGCAAGUUUUAGAAGAGAUUUUCUUUUUGAAAAGGCUACAGACAAUAAAAGAAUUUUUCAGACUCUGUGGCACUUUUUCUAAAACUCUUUCAGGUGUAACUUCAAUUGAAGAUCAAAACACUGUGAAUGGACCAGUGCCAAUAGUCAACGUGAAAACCUUGUAUCGGAAUUCUUGCUUUAGCGAAGACCAAAUGGCCAAACCAAUCAAAGCCUUUACUGCUGACUUUGUCCGACAGCUUUUAAUUGGCCUUCCAAACCAAGCUUUGGGACUAACACUGUGCAGUUUCAUUAGUGCUUUGGGUGUAGAUAUAAUUGCGCAAGUAGAGGCGAAGGAUUUUGGGGCUGAAAGCAAAGUUUCAGUGGAUGACCUGUGUAAGAAAGCGGUGGAACACAAUAUCCAAAUUGGCAAAUAUUCACAGUUGGUUAUGAACAGAGCAACAGUGUUGGCCAGUUCAUAUGAUACUGCAUGGAAGAAGCAUGACCUGGUGCGGAGACUUGAGACUAGCAUAUCUUCUUGUAAGACAAGCCUUCAGAGAGUGCAACUACACAUUGCCAUGUUCCAGUGGCAGCAUGAAGAUCUCAUCAGUCGCCCACAAGCCAUGACGGUCACUCCCCCUCCUCGCUCUGCAAUUUUAGCCAGCAUGAAAAAGAAACUUCAUACACUUGGCCAGAUUGAAGCCUCUAUUGCAGCAGUUCAGGAAAAGCUGGCAGCACUUGAAGCAAGUAUUGAGCAGCGUUUAAAAUGGGCAGGAGGGGCUAAUCCAGCAUUAGCACCAGUUCUUCAAGAUUUUGAUGCCACCAUAGCUGAAAGAAGAAAUCUUGUUCUUAAAGAAAGUCAAAGAGCCAAUCAGGUUACUUUCCUCUGUAGCAACAUCAUUCAUUUUGAAAGCUUACGUACCAGAACAGCAGAAGCCUUAAACCUUGAUGCUGCCUUGUUUGAACUUGUCAAACGUUGUCAACAAAUGUGUUCGUUUGCAUCACAGUUUAACAGCUCAGUUUCUGAACUGGAGCUUCGUUUACUUCACAGAGUGGGCACCAAUCUUGAUCAUCCCAUUGGUACGGCGGAAUGGCGUCUUACAGCUCACAAGCAACUGACACAGGACACGUCUACCCAGAGGACUGUGCAAACGGAUAAAGAGCAGCAAAUAGAAACUGUGUGUGAAACCAUUCAGAAUCUGGUUGAUAGUAUUAAGACUGUGCUCACUGGACACAAUAGACAACUUGGGGAUGUCAAACACCUGCUGAAAGCCAUGGCUAAGGAUGAAGAAGCAGCUCUGGCAGAUGGUGAAGAUGUUCCAUAUGAGAAUAGUGUUAGACAGUUCUUGGGUGAAUAUAAAUUAUGGCAAGACAAUAUUCAAACAGUUCUGUUUACAUUAGUUCAGGCUAUGGGUCAGGUCCGCAGUCAGGAACAUAUUGAAAUGCUGCAGGAAAUUACUCCCACCCUGAAAGAAUUGAGAACCCAGAGUCAAAGUGUCUACAAUAAUCUAGUGAGUUUUGCAUCACCAUUAAUCACAGAUACACCCAACGAAUGCUCAAGUCCAACAUCUGCUGCUACAUGUCAACCAACAUUCGCUGCAGCGGUCCGUAGCAAUACGGGGCAGAAAACUCAGCCAGAGGUCAUGUCACAGAAUACAAGAAAGCUAAUUCAGAAAAACCUUGCACCAUCAGCAGAUACUCCUCCAGGCACAAUUACAGGAACUGGAAAGGGUGUUGUCUCUAGCCCUAAAAAGGCCAUCAGGGACCCUAAAACAGGAAAAGCUGUGCAAGAACGGAAUUCGUAUGCAGUAAGUGUGUGGAAACGUGUCAAAGCCAAGUUAGAGGGCCGGGACUUGGAUCCCAACAGGAGAAUGUCUGUUGCUGAACAGGUUGACUAUGUGAUUAAGGAAGCAACUAAUCUAGAUAACUUGGCUCAGCUGUAUGAAGGUUGGACAGCCUGGGUAUGAACAGGAAGAGAGCAGGUCAGUCUGGUUCAGCAAGGUCAGACAUCCAGCAGAAUCAACUCGGCCUCAGGCAUCCAUAGCAGCACCACAGUCGGUGGUGACGCCUUUCUGGGGCAAUCUCGGUGCACUGGGAAAGUGAGUCCUGCAGAGUAGCUGCACUCAGGGAUACGCUAAACACAAUGGCCUGGAACCCCCCAGGGUCAAGGGUGAAAGCUCACCGCCUGCACAACAUGGCUGUCUUUCUGCUACAGAAGAACUGCAAACGUGUCGGGGGGGAAAUAGCUGCAGAAAGGAAAUUGGGAAUGCUACAGACCGCAGAGUGAUUUGGAACCCAGUUCCACCUGACCCUGUGAACAAUCCAGGAAAUACCGAACCCGAAAAAAAGGGGGGCCGUGAAGAAAUCGCAGCAAAGGAAGAUUUGAGAGAUUGAGUUUCUUGAGUCGCUCUUGUUGUUUGGCAACAAUGCUGGUUGAAGUUGACCAGUGAGUGCAAACAUGAAAAUAAAAAUGCUACACAAGAUGAACUUCAGAAAUGGACUGAAAUGCAGAGCUGUACGUCAGCUAUGUUGGAAGAAUCCUCUGAGAAGAGGGAGCCUUUGUCUUUUUUAUUUUAGUUCUUUUCCCACUUCUGGUUUAUUCUUGUAGCUUAGGUAUAUUUCCAAUACGUUUUUAUUUCAAUCCUUGUAUUUCACUGUUCAGUCAAAUUAACAAUAUACAUAUAUUUUUGGCAAACCGAAUAUCCAAAAGCACAGGGAAUGCUGAACAUUUAAGCAAUUACCUUUUGAGUUGGGUGAUCAAAUGCAGAUGGGUUUUGAUUGUUUUAAAGUGAUUUUUGUGUGAUUCUAUCAUGUACAGUUCCCCCAAAUUCACUGUGCAUUUCAAAGUAAUGAAUCUAACAGGCAUUUAAUUUCAUGUGCACCUCCCUCUGUUUUCUAGUGUAUGCUGCUUUUUGUAAUUCCAAACUUUUCCUCCAAAGCUCAUUCUAUCGUGAUUUGCUGUAGUUUCUUUUGUAAAUGUAGCUACUCCAAUGUAAACUUUACCUUUUACAAAAAACCCCACCACGAUUACAAUAUCCUAAGUAGACUUUUACAUUGUUGAUGACAGAAAAUCAAUAAAGUGAAGUUCUAGUGGAGGUAGUUUUAUGCUGUUCAAUUCACUUCAAAUUUUGAUUUUACGCUUGUAAAUGUAUAGUGUUUCUGUUCAAUCUGGGGAUUUGAAGAUGCAUAUAAAGCUAAAGUAGGGUCUUCUUUUGGUUUUUGCUUUGUUCAAGUGAAAUUGUAUAAAGAUCCUGUGUGAAGUUACUUUUCCAUAUGACUGCCAGUAGAUGGUGUUCAGUAAUGCAUUCAUAGUGGAUUUCUCAGCAGUUUUUCCGAAAUCUACCUUGCACUUUUGAAAGGUGGGUGUGAGAGAAGUUGCUAUUAAAAUAGCACUUUAAACCAGUCGGAUUCAAUAUGUCUUCAGUGUUUUACUUGCCUGUUAAACUAAAACUUUCAGGAACUUAAGGGCUUAUUUGGGCUUUGUCCUAGGAAAGAACAGGCUGUUUCCAGACUCAUGCAUAAUACAACUCAUUUUUUGCCAUUGUGCUAAGGUAGGCACCACUUGACUUUAAAGAUUCAAAUUGAACUUGUGAGGCUAACAACUCCCCACUUUCGCUACUCCCACAUCUCUGUAUAUGUGAAUUUAAUGCAUUUGUUAUGAAAGCCAUUAAAUGAGGACAAAUCAGGAUUCCCAUCACAUCCUCUUUAGUCUCUUUUGAGAUUUUUUUUUUAAAAAAACCCCAUUGAAACAAGUGAAUUAUUUACUCUUCAGCAAUGCAGCCUUUUUAUCUAAGAGAAAGCUUAGGCUUUUUGUUAAGAAGAGUUGGCUAUCGAAUAUAAAUCAAGGCCCAACCCAAGGAAUUCUUCCAGUGUUUUAUAAUGUGGAAAAACUUGGCUUCCUCAAAAGUGUCUGAUAAAGGGUGGCUUGAUGCUGUUAAUCAAUCUUCCACAUAAGCUCUAGCUAGUAAUCUUUCAAAUUGAUUACUUGUCCUAGAUGGGUUGUGUACACCGCCUACAUACAUGUUUGUGAGUAAAUGCAUUCCAAUCCGGUACACUGUUGAACCCUUUGCCAUGUAUUGCAAGAAGGAGUGUGAGGGACUUGCUUUUCAGUGAAAUUCAGCUACGACAAAAUUCAAGGAGUGCACUUUUGUUUUUCUUCCUGUAUGAAACAUCCAAAUACAAUUGGGGGGAAAGAUGGUUACGUAUUUUAUUUCUUAGAAGCUGGAGACGGAGCAGGCAGGGUGCACCUGUGAUUCAUGUAAUAUUAUACUUCUAUCCCGAAAUGAAACUUGUAUGGAGAUGGGAUCUUAACUGCAUAAUGUAAUAAAGCUCAAAAAUCUACUUGUAUUCUUAA